GAUCCUGGGGCUGCGCGCUGGAGCCCGGGCGGCCAGAGCGUCGGCGCCACCGCCGAGUGCACACCUCUGCCUGUGAGGAGAGCCAAGCCGAGCCGGGCCGGGUCGUCGGGUCUGACUGCGCCGAGCACCCGCGGGCCGCAGCGGUGCUCUGGGGCCAGGUGCCACUGGCCUCUGUCCAGGUGGGUGUGUGCAAGCCAAGGAAGCAUGAGGACACUGGAAGACUCCUCCGGGACAGUCCUGCACCGCCUCAUCCAGGAGCAGCUGCGCUAUGGCAACCUGACUGAGACACGCACACUGCUGGCCAUCCAGCAGCAGGCCCUGCGGGGUGGGGCCGGGGCUGGGGGCACAGGGAGCCCCCAGGCCUCCCUGGAGAUCUUGGCACCCGAGGACAGUCAGGGGCUGCAGCAGGCCACAAGGCAGGAGCCCCAGGGCCAGGAACACCAGGGCAGUGAGGCCCACCUGGCAGAGAACACCCUCUACCGGCUGUGCCCACAGCCCAGCAAGGGCGAGGAGCUGCCCACCUAUGAGGAGGCCAAAGCCCACUCGCAGUACUAUGCAGCCCAGCAGGCAGGGCCCCGGCCACAGGUUGGGGACCGGGAUCCCCGAGGGGCCCCGGGAGGCAGUCGGAGGCAGGAUGACGCUCUGCGGGAGCUGAGGCAUGGGCACGUGCGGUCCCUGAGUGAACGGCUCCUGCAGCUGUCCCUGGAGAGGAACGGCGCCCGGGCCCCCAGCCACAUGAGCUCCUCCCACAGCUUCCCACAGCUGGCCCGCAACCAGCAGGGACCCCCACCCAGGGGCCCCCCUGCCGAGGGCCCGGAGCCCCGUGGACCUCCGCCUCAAUACCCACACGUUGUGCUAGCUCACGAGACCACCACCGCUGUCACGGAGCCGCGGUACCGCGCCCGCGGCAGCUCGCACUUCCAGCAUGCUGAAGUCAGGAUCCUGCAGGCCCAGGUGCCUCCUGUGUUCCUCCAGCAGCAGCAGCAGUACCAGUACCUGCAGCAGCCCCAGGAGCACCCCCCGGCCCCACACCCAGCUGCUCUUGGCCGCGGCCCCCUAGGCUCCCUCGGUCCACCUGGGGUGGAGGGGCCAGCAAGCACCCAGGCCUCCUUGGCCAGUGCCCACCUGGCCCAGAUGGAGACUGUGCUGAGGGAGAAUGCUAGGCUGCAGAGGGAGCUGGAGAGCUUGACGGAGAAGGCUGGUCGCAUCGAGAAGUUGGAAAGUGAAAUCCAGCGGCUCUCUGAGGCCCAUGAGAGCCUGACGAGAGCCUCUUCCAAGCGGGAGGCCCUGGAGAAGACCAUGCGGAACAAGAUGGACAGUGAAAUGAGGAGGUUGCAGGACUUCAACCGGGAUCUUAGAGAGAGAUUGGAAUCUGCAAAUCGCCGCCUGGCAAGCAAGACGCAGGAGGCCCAGGCAGGCAGCCAGGACAUGGUGGCCAAGCUGCUUGCUCAGAGCUACGAGCAGCAGCAGGAGCAGGAGAAGCUGGAGCGGGAGAUGGCACUGCUGCGCGGCGCCAUCGAGGACCAGCGGCGGCGCGCCGAGCUGCUGGAGCAGGCUCUGAGCAACGCACAGGGCCGGGCGGCGCGCGCCGAGGAGGAGCUGCGCAAGAAGCAGGCCUAUGUGGAGAAGGUGGAGCGGCUGCAGCAGGCACUCGGGCAGCUGCAGGCCGCGUGCGAGAAGCGUGAGCAGCUGGAGCUACGUCUGCGGACGCGCCUGGAGCAGGAACUCAAAGCUCUGCGUGCACAGCAGAGACAGGCAGGCACCCCCAGCAGUGGCAGUGGUGGGUCCCCGGAGCUCAGUGCCCUGCGGCUGUCAGAGCAACUGCGGGAGAAGGAGGAGCAGAUCCUGGCGCUGGAGGCCGACAUGACCAAGUGGGAGCAGAAGUAUUUGGAGGAACGUGCCAUGAGGCAGUUUGCCAUGGAUGCCGCUGCCACGGCCGCUGCCCAGCGCGACACCACUCUCAUCCGACACUCCCCCCAGCCCUCGCCCAGCAGCAGCUUCAACGAGGGCCUGCUUGCCGGUGGCCACAGGCAUCAGGAGAUGGAAAGCAGGUUAAAGGUACUCCAUGCCCAGAUCCUGGAGAAGGACGCAGUGAUCAAGGUCCUUCAGCAGCGCUCCAGGAAAGACCCUGGCAAGGCCACCCAGGGCUCCCUCCGGCCUGCCAAGUCUGUGCCAUCUAUCUUUGCGGCUGCAACGGCAGGGACCCAGGGCUGGCAAGGGCUCUCCUGUAGUGAGCGCCAAGUGGAUGCCCCUGCCAGGCUGGCUGCAGCAGACAGGGCCACUGCGGAGGAGGCAGUGGCUGUGGCUCCCAUCCCUGCCCAUUCCAAACAUGGGAGCAGAGAUGGGAGCACCCAGACUGACGCCCCCCCGGACAGCGCCGCUGCCUGCCUGGGACUGGAGCCUGACAGCCUUCUGGGGUGCAGCAGUGGCCAGAGGACAACCUCGCUGGACUCUGUGGCUACAUCCAGAGUCCAGGACUUGUCGGACAUGGUGGAGAUACUGAUCUGAAGGAGGUGGUGCCUGGGGGACUGGGAACCAUUCCCUGCUCUCCUCUGCCCUGUGCCACUCUCGGCCAUUCCAGUAGCCCCCUCCAACUGCUGCUUCUUCACUUUACCCAGCCGAGCACUCGUUCCCAUUGACCAUCUGGUCCCAGGAGCUUAGGAAGGAUGCUGCAGGGGAGAGGGAUGCCGUGAGAGCAUCUGCACCCCAGAAGACCCUGCCUCUUAGCCCUACAUUCCUCCUGGGCUGUGCAGAAUGAGGAUUCAACCUUUACCCGCUGCCCAAGUCUUGCUGCUGGGGUAGCAACUGAAAGCUCAGAAGAGAGCUCAGCCCCCUCUGCACCCCAUGUUGGCACUCAGGCAGGGAGGGAGGGGAUGAGUGAGUUUGGGGGCUGAUUUCCAAGGAUGGCUGCCCGUGGACACCAGGUGGGCUGGUUCAGUAAUCAAGUUGGCCGUGGUGUUCCCCUCUAGCUAAGUGUGGUCCCAGCCAACCUCAUCUGCUCCUCAGCUCCUCACUGCCUCCUUGGAAUCACUAAGACUUGCAUCCUUUGGGGAUUGUUGAGGGUGUUAGUCCUGCAGAAGCCACAGCCUCACCCGCUCACUUGGAGUGGGUAGGGGCCAUUUAAGUGGACUGGGGUACGCUGUGCAGUUUGUAUAUAAUUCCCUUUCUGUGGAACAGAAGAUUGAAGCAUGCUGCUUCAGAUUUGUCCCCUCAUUCUGUGCCCCCAUCCCUGCUGUCACGGUUCCUGUAACUUCUGACCAGCCUCCCAGUUAUCUCCCCUACUCAAGUCCGUGAAUUUUGAUACUGGUUGAUCCAUGGGUGAUUGGCUGUCUUUUCCUCCGUCUUGAGCCCCGUUUUAAAUGCCCAUGGGACCCCCAUCACCAGCCUCUUGAGGUUUCUCCACAGCUCCUGUCCCUGGGACACCCUGUCAGUUUAGUUAUGACCCCUGAGCCAGAUGAAAUGAGCCACCACACAGACAUCUGCCAUGGUGGGCUUCCCAGCACCGAUUCUCGAAGGAAACUGGAGAAGUUGCCUUGUUCUCACCUGAGUCUUUGUUUUCACCUGGAAGGAUUGCAAGAGGGAGCCAUGCGGUGAAAACUAGUCAGUGAGCUACAAGAUGUGACUCAAAUAGCCCUCAGAAGGGAGCCCCCAUCACACAAUGGCGCCGGUGAGGCUGGCCCCUCAAGCGACCCGUGCCCAGCACCCUGAAGCAGGGCCAGCGCUUCAGAGUUAGAGUGAAGCGUCCACAUGGCACCUGCCAGCAGCAGGGACUUUGACCUAUGGUCUUAAAGAGUCCCCCAACUCAGCCCAGGAGCGAUUGGUGGAUUUUAGCCGUUUGUCUUGACUGUUUUUAGUUCUCUUUGAAUCUAUGUUUUUUCCUGUACGGUUUUUAGGUUCUGUAUGUGUUGUUUUAUUCCCAUGGUUCCUCAAGUUUCCUUUUUAAACAUUUGCAUUUGCUGGACAAUUGCAUAUUUUUUUAAAUCCCCCUAUCCCUCUUUAAAGCUGAAAAAUACAUUUGGUUCAUGUGCAUUGUUUACAAAGAAAAAAGAAAAAAAAAGAAAAAAAGGCAAAAAAAUAUUGUGAAAGGAAAAAAACAAUUUAAUAUAUUUUGGAUUAAUAUUUGGGAUUUCUUUUAAAGUAUUUUUUGUGCUGUGAACGUUUUUCUGCCAAAGACCAUGAUGUGUGUCUGUAUGUUUAAGUUAUCGUAAAUAUUUAAAAUGUAAACAUGGCUGUUUUGUUAUGCCACCCUGUACCAGGAUUGCUGCCGCAUUCCACUGGGUAUAACAGUAUUUUAAUAAAAAAAAAUAAAUAAUUAAAGGUGGUGUCUUUGCAUAGGUGAGAGA